AUGGAGAAGGAGGUUUUUUGUCAGUUUUACAUUAGGAGUAACUCUGGAGUCUGCAUAGAACAGAGCUGGAAAAGGAAAGUAAAAAAGAAUCUAAAAUGCAUUCCAUUCCUAUUAAAGGAAAAAUGGUUUCACCCAAAUAUUACUGGAGUGGAGGCAGAAAAUUUACUGCUGACAAGAGGUGUUGAUGGCAGCUUUCUGGCCCGGCCCAGCAAAAGUAACCCAGGAGAUUUUACCCUUUCUGUUCGGAGGAAUGGAGCUGUCACGCACAUCAAGAUCCAGAACACAGGUGACUACUAUGACCUGUAUGGAGGAGAAAAAUUUGCCACGUUGGCUGAGUUAGUCCAGUAUUACAUGGAACACCAUGGGCAGCUCAAAGAAAAGAAUGGAGACGUAAUAGAAUUAAAAUAUCCACUGAAUUGUGCUGAUCCUACAUCUGAAAGGUGGUUUCAUGGGCACCUUUCUGGAAAAGAAGCUGAAAAGUUAUUAACAGAAAAAGGAAAACAUGGAAGCUUUCUUGUGCGAGAGAGUCAAAGCCACCCAGGAGACUUUGUUCUUUCAGUCCGGACAGGAGAUGAUAAAGGCGAAAGUAAUGAUGGGAAAUCGAAAGUAACCCAUGUCAUGAUUCGGUGCCAGGAGCUGAAAUAUGAUGUUGGCGGAGGGGAAAAAUUUGACUCUCUAACAGAUCUAGUGGAACAUUAUAAGAAGAAUCCUAUGGUAGAAACUUUGGGCACAGUACUACAGCUCAAGCAGCCCCUGAAUACAACCCGUAUUAAUGCUGCAGAGAUUGAAAGUCGGGUGCGAGAACUAAGCAAACUAGCAGAGACCACAGAUAAAGUCAAGCAAGGCUUCUGGGAAGAAUUUGAGACAUUACAACAGCAAGAAUGCAAACUUCUAUAUAGUCGUAAAGAGGGUCAACGGCAAGAAAGCAAAAACAAAAAUAGAUACAAAAACAUUUUACCUUUUGAUCACACCAGAGUUGUUCUACAUGAUGGAGAUCCAAAUGAACCAGUUUCAGAUUAUAUCAAUGCUAAUAUUAUUAUGCCUGAAUUUGAAACUAAAUGCAACAAUUCAAAGCCAAAAAAAAGUUACAUUGCUACUCAAGGCUGCCUGCAGAACACAGUGAAUGACUUCUGGAGAAUGGUAUUCCAGGAGAACUCUCGCGUUAUCGUUAUGACAACAAAAGAAGUCGAAAGAGGAAAGAGUAAGUGUGUCAAAUAUUGGCCUGAUGAAUACGCAUUAAAGGAGUAUGGAGUUAUGCGUGUUAGGAAUGUUAAAGAAAGUGCUGCUCAUGACUAUACGCUAAGAGAACUCAAACUUUCUAAAGUUGGUCAGGGGAACACUGAGAGAACAGUCUGGCAAUAUCACUUCAGAACCUGGCCUGAUCAUGGAGUACCCAGUGACCCUGGUGGUGUCCUGGACUUCUUAGAAGAAGUCCACCACAAGCAAGAAAGCAUCACUGAUGCAGGUCCUGUUGUGGUACAUUGCAGGUACAAUAAUGUGACAUAUUUCCUAGCUUCCACUAUAAGCUAUAUCUACAGAAAAAGUCUAGGUGUAGACUGUGAUAUUGAUGUUCCAAAGACCAUUCAGAUGGUGAGAUCACAGCGGUCUGGGAUGGUUCAGACAGAAGCACAGUACAGAUUUAUUUACAUGGCAGUACAGCACUAUAUUGAAACUCUACAGCGUAGAAUUGAAGAGGAGCAGAAGAGUAAGAGAAAAGGGCAUGAAUACACAAACAUUAAAUAUUCUUUAUCGGACCAGAUAAGCGGGGAUCAGAGCCCACUCCCACCAUGUACUCCGACCCCAGCCUGUCCAGAAAUGAGAGAAGAUAGUGCUAGAGUAUAUGAAAAUGUGGGGUUGAUGCAGCAGCAGCAGAAAAGCUUCAGAUGAGAUGUACAGAAACUUCCAUGCAAAGGAAGAAAUGAAUAUUUUUUU